GCAGCCCCCGAUGAAAGGCAUACAAACCACUGUAUCAAGAUGCGUCUCAGCUUCUGUUUGUUGGCCCUCGUGGCAGCCGCCACCGCAAUUCCUCAGCUGGCAAAUAAAGCUGGCAAUGUCGACGUACUGAAGAAGCAGCAAGAUGUUCUCUGGCUUUUGGAGAACCUAUUCCAUGAGAUCCCUAACGAGGAGCUGCGCAAAAUCGGCCGUGACUACAACAUUAAAGAAAACAUUCAACUGUACGAUGAUCAAAAUGCCGUCAAAUAUCUCAUCCGUUUUGUUGAGAUGGGUCGCAUCCAGCGGAAGCGCGUCCCGUUCACAAUUUCGUCCACCGAGUUGCGCAAAGAAAUUUCUCUUCUUACCAGGACCCUCGUGACUGCGAAAACCUACGAUACGUUCCUGAAAACCGCCGCCUGGGCUCGUUGCAUAUUCAACGAAGCACAAUUCUACAAGGCUUUCAGUGUGGCAGUAUUGCAACGCACCGACUGCAGAGGCCUCGUCCUUCCGGCACCAUACGAAGUCUUUCCAUACUACUACAUCGACAAGAGGGUGUUGAAAGAGGCUCAGGACCUUCGCGUUCGAACCCUCGAAAAGGGCCAGACCGCCACUUACGUAAUUGCAUCUAACUACACUCCCUACAUGACCGAGUACGACAAGAAACUUGCCUAUUUCACUCAAGAUGUUGGACUCGCCUCAUGGUACGCUUUCUUCGGCAUUAGCGGAUGGAUGAAAGCAAUGAGUCAAGCAACAAAUCUGGACUUCACCCAGAAUUACGAAUGCGAACAUUGUGAAACCGCCCGCGGAUCCAUGUUCUACUACAUACACCAGCAACUUCUGGCUCGCUACAAUCUUGAACGCCUGAGCAACGACAUACCGACUGUGAAGGAAAUCGAAUUCACCCGCGUACACGUGCCUUUCAAAUCUCAUCUUUCUUAUCCGAAUGGCCUCGAGAUCACAGGACGUAGUUUCAAUUAUGAUUUGACACGCGAAAAGGAAGAUCUUUUCAAAACCGUUUUGACAAUCGAGAGAAGGCUGCAGGACGCAAUUGACAGUGGAUUUGCCAUUUCGACCCAAGGAAGCCUUUUGGCUCUGUACGAGCGUAAGGGGCUGAACAUACUUGGUGACAUGAUUGAAGGCACCGGAAAAAGCAUUAAUCCCAGAUAUUACGGAAGUCUUCAAGCCGCUGCACGCGAACUUCUCGGUGGUGCGCCUUACACGAAACACUUCUGGGAGCCACUCCCUAGCAACCUAGAGAUCUAUCACACCACUACCCGCGAUCCAGUGUUCUACGAGAUGUGGGAGCGCAUAAUCCGUCUGUUCAAGAGAUGGCAAGACGCUUUACCGAGCUACACGAAAGAAGAUAUCAUCUUGCCCGGUGUUACCAUCGAAAGUGUCAAGUUCGACAAGCUGACGACUUACUGCGACAAAUUCGUGGUCGACAUUGACUCGGCUACAACUGUUCCGCAUGGCAAAGAAAACCAACAUGUCAAGAUCAUGACAGCGAUCGACAGAAUUAAUCACAAACCGUACACGUUCAAAAUAAUCAUUAACAGCGACAAGACCAUCAAGGACGCCAUUGCGAGAGUUUACGUCGGCCCCAAAUACAACUACGAUGGCAGCUAUGUAAACAUCCUUCACAACAGAGAUCAAUUCGUUGAAAUCGAUCAAUUCGCUUGGGACAUCAAGGAAGGACAAAAUGUCAUCACUAGGCACUCCAUUGAUGCUCCAAUGCGUAGCAUUGAUGCCACGACCAAGAAAGACCUAUUCCGUAAGGUCCAGGAAGGCCUCACCUCUAAUCAGCUUUUCUACCCUGACAUGAUCGCGGAAGCUUUCGGUUUCCCCGAGAGGCUAGCUCUUCCUAAAGGUAAACGCAACGGUAUGCCACUUCAGGUUAUGGUGAUCGUCUCUUCGCCCAAACAGCCUACCCUAUCUUACAAAGCGGUUGUCCCUCCGAAAUUCCAAACUUAUCAGAACGUAGAGUAUCCCGACAUCGAUAUCACGACAGAAAUUCGCAAUGAAGGAUGGACGCAUGAUUACCGUAGCAUGAUGCUCAAAGAAGAAGGCGUCUUUUACAACCGUGACAUUGACACGGAUACCGUACAUCGAAGAACAGACUCAUCGAACGUCGAUACUGACCGACAAGCUGCCCAGAACUACUAUGAACGCCGAAUGGAUCGAACUGCCGAUGUUAAGUCUGCGUACCUGACCGAGUACUACCAAAAGAAGGACAUAACGGAGGUCAUUGGUGGUGCUGUAUCCUUGGACGGUAGACCACUCGGCUACCCUCUCGACAGAAGGCUAGACAUGGAAUGUCUUAAUGUUCCUAACGUUAAGAUGGUCGACGUCAAGGUCUUCUGGGAAGGAACCAGCUGCUGCGGAAGUUGCAAUUAGUUGAACAAUUCUCACCGAAUCUCUUCCUACUCGUAACCAGACCAAUAUGCACGACCCGGCUUUAUUCGACUGUUGUCCCUGUUUCACACUUAUACUUUACUCUAUAAAUUUAAUAACCGUAUACUAUGAUAAAUAAACGUUUUGACAUUGCAAUAUGAAAA